AUGGAGCAACUGACGCCCGCUGCCUCCCAAGAGAACCUGCCGCCUUCGGAACCAAAUACUAUUGGGCAUAACCUCGAUUCCUCACCAAUCCUGCCCACUUUCCAAUUCUCCAAUCCUAUCCGACCAAGGAAACCCCCUACAAUAACGCCUCGAUCGUUUACACGGUUCUUCACGCCCAAAUCCUCUAUCAAAAGAAAUAGUAAAACCGGUUCUUCCAGACAAAUUCUCCGCGACAUCACAGCUUCUGGAAAUAAUAGGAGAGGAGGGAGAGGGCAAGUGAAAGGCUUCAUCUCCUUGGAUGACGAUGUCUAUUCAGAGUCGGCCUUGAGAGCAAAGCGACGGAGAAAGCUGCCACCAACUCCAGCGCUCACUCCAGAUUUCUCCUCGCCUUUGAAAAGACAGGGUCGCCCUGCGUCAGGCUGUACUAAAGAUGAAGAUAGUGACGACCAAGAGCUAUCAGCCAAGAACAGAUCAGACGGCAUUCGGCUCAGAAUAUCGGAGAGUCCUAGGAGAUAUACGCCACCCCCAUUUUCAAGAUCGAAAUUCACAACUGGACCGGGAACUAACUCACUGGUCGCAAUUGCCGACGAAGAUGGCGGUAUCAAACUUCUCGAAAGCGCGGGCUCGGCGAAAGACGAUUUCUCUACACCGUUUCUGCAAUUUCGUCCUCACACAAAUGCGAUCCUUGACGUUGAUUUCACACCUGACGAUAUGUUGAUCGCAACGGCUUCUGGGGACCAGACUGCGCUCGUUAUUGACAUGCCCAGUCAAAAAGCAACCUACGCGAUGGCCGGUCAUGUAUCUUCCGUCAAGCAAGUAAGAUUUCAGCCCACCAACUCCAGCGUCAUCGUGACAUCGAGUCGAGAUGGUAGCGUGCAAAUAUGGGACCUUAGAUGUAAAGGCUAUGAUGGUCCAGUUAAGGAGAUCAAGGUAGCUCUAGAUGGCGUUCCAGUAAAAGGCGUUGCCCCCAACACUAAAUUGACAUGGGGUCGAUCGGUAAACACAAUCUUCGACGCCCAUGCUAUGAGGCAGUCACCAAACGUCCAAUCAGUCUCAGCAAGUGGUACGAACAUUGACCUUCCAUCAAAAUCCGAAUGUCCAGGAAGGAAGGGCGACGUAUCCGUCACUGUGUUGACAUUUCUCACUCAUGGCAGAGAACACCUCCUCGCUACCGGUUCCGAAGCAGAUGCGUGCGUGAAGCUCUGGGACCUUAGAACUACUCAUAAUCAUAGGCGGGGUCAUGCAACGCCAUUGUCCACCACACAGCAAUCAGAAAGCCACAGCAGAUAUCGUCGGUUUGGUUUGACCUCAUUCUCCUUGAGCGACGACGGUGCAAGGUUAUAUGCAGCAUGUCGUGACAACACUGUGUAUACAUAUUCAACUUCUCAUCUAGUGCUCGGCCACGCUCCAGAAUUGACAUCAGCGAAUUCGAAACCUCGCCGAUCAGGCGGCCAGGAGAAAGUGGGCAUGGGACCAAUGUACGGUUUUCGCCAUCCUAAAUUCCAUGCCACCACUUUUUACAUCAAGUCUAGCAUUCGCACUGCUCGAAAUGAUAAUACAGAGCUUUUAGCUGUCGGCAGUAGUGAUGGAGCUCCGGUGCUAUUCCCGACAGAUGAGCGGUAUAUGCAAAGAUCUGCGAACCCGGACCCGCGAAUGCAGAGAGAGCCUUCCCUUCCGCGGCUGAGGCCAGCACUUUCGAGGACAGAGAGUGGUACAGAUUUGUCCGGGAGACUUGAAGACUCCAUACCAAUCUACCACCAUGGUACGGCCUUAGUGAGAGGUCAUAAUUGCGAAGUCACCGGGUUGGACUGGACGUUGAAUGGUGACCUGGUCUCCGUCGGCGACGACUUCGCCGUACGGUGCUGGCGAGAAGGCGACUCUCCUCAUACUCGUCAAUCCGCUAGGCAUAUGAGAAUGAAUGGCGAAAAAGGCGGUAAGCGGUGGGGCUGUGGAUGGGCCGAAGUGACAGACGGCUGGGAUGAUGACGAUAGUGACAUAUCUGAUUAG